AUGAAUACCCCUGCUAGUGGUACAGAUGGCAUCACUUCAGCACAACCUUCACAAUCCGACUCGGCAACCUGCAUAGAAAACAUUCUCGCUGGACUCAACCCAGCUCAAUUAAAAGCUGUUCAGCAUGACCCAGCUAUUCCCCUGCAAAUAUUGGCUGGUCCCGGUAGCGGCAAGACCAAAGUAUUAACUGCACGGAUAGCUCGUUUAAUAAUUACCCAUGAAAUAUCCCCGUCUUCAAUAUGUGCUGUAACGUUUACUAACAAAGCCGCCAAUGAAAUGCGCGAUCGACUCACAAAACUCAUCGGGAAACGAAGGACAGCAGAACUGAAAAUGGGGACAUUUCAUUCCGUUUGUGUACGGUAUUUGCGAAUGUACGCUGCCGCGGUCAACCUGGAUUCAAAUUUCACCAUAUGCGACGCAGACGAUAGUAAAAAGUUGCUUUCUGCUCUAAUGAAACCAUACGCGGAAUAUAUGGCCAAUAACGACAUUACAUUGUCGGAAGGGACCGUUUCAUCUUUCAUCUCGAAAUCAAAGGCAAAAGGUCAAACCGCUGCAUUAUUUUUCAAGGAAGUGGAGCACGAUGAAGGCAGGAGCUCGAAAGUAUCGAAAACUGAAACCGCCCAGGAAGAGAAGAAAAGUAUCCAGCGUAUAAUUGCUGAAGUCUAUAUAGGCUAUGAACAGGUUCUAAAGGCAAACAACGCGCUUGAUUUUGAUGAUUUACUGGUCUAUGGUGUCAAGCUUUUCUCCACACAUACGGAAUCCGUUUUAUGGUGCAAACACAUCUUGGUCGAUGAAUUUCAGGACACCAAUACAAUGCAAUAUGAACUCAUGAAAGCUAUUGGAUAUCGACGAUGUGUGACCAUUGUUGGCGAUCCUGACCAGUCAAUUUAUGGUUGGCGUUCUGCCGAAGUGAUAAACCUGUCUAGGAUGCGAAAUGAUUUUCGAAACACGGUUCAAGUUUUCUUAGAACAAAAUUACCGUUCAACAGCAUCAAUCCUUCGUGCUUGCUUAGCCGUAGUUUCAGAAGAUAAAAAGCGGAUACCGAAGUCCCUACAUACCAACCACCCUCUUGGCGCCACCCCUUUCGUGGGCACUUUUGAAACCGAAAAAGAAGAAGCGAGCUUCGUUGCCAGUGAAAUAAAGAGAUGUGUCGCAAAUAUGGGAGGAGUUCUUAAAUGGGGGGAUUUCGUAGUACUUCUUCGAUUCAAUGCCUUGUCACGGCCGAUAGAGAGUGCUUUGCAAAAGCAAGGAAUUCCAUGUCGUAUUCUAGGAGGACAUAAAUUCUUCGAACGGAUGGAGGUGAAAGACAUUUUAGCAUACUUACAGCUCGUUGAUAACCCGAGUUUCAACCCCGCAUUUAUCCGCGCUAUCAAAGUCCCUUCUCGUGGGAUGGGGGAGAAAUCCUUAUCCGAGCUUGCAAUUCGGGCACAAGAACUUAAAAUCUCCCAACUGGAACUUGUAGAAAGGAUACAUGAUAACAAAGCUUCUGAUAUCAAACCUCCCAUCAAGAAGAAAAUCACAUCAUUCGUUAAAUCAAUUCGAUGUAUGCGACGACUCGACCAAGAGAAAAUUCCUCCGUCUGACCUGAUACGCAAACUGCUUGACAUGAUUCAGUACGAAGAUCAUUUGAGAAAAACACAGCAAGACUGGGACAGCAGAUGGGAAAAUGUGCAGGAGUUAAUCACAUUUGCAAAUGAAAUUGAAGCGGAUGCUCUCAAAAGUCGACCGCCAUUUGAUGAACUUGCCCCGGAGCAGCAGUCCGAGCGGCAAGUCUUAUAUUGUUCCAUGCUGCGCGACUUUUUACAGGCGUCUACACUUUCAUCAGAGGGUGAUAAUGACAGUGAAGAUCAAGCGCAAGAGAAAGUUACGCUCUCUACCUGCCAUGCUGCGAAAGGUUUAGAAUGGCCUGUAGUAAUGGUUCCGUCAGUCGAUCAAGAGACGUUCCCUUUUUAUCGAACUGAAGAUAUUGACGAAGAACGCCGCCUGCUUUACGUGGCGUUCACAAGAGCAAAAUCGCUCCUUUACGUUCUGAUGGCGGAAAAGCGCGUGGUAGCAGGAAAAACCAAAUCAAAGCGGCUCUCCAACUUUGUGGCUUCUGUUAGAGGCAAGGACGAGAGUCUUUUCAGCUGCGAUGUACCCCGAUUUUUGCCUGAAGAUAGAGCUGUGGUAUCAAAGGUGUUGGAUAGAUGCCUUCCUGAGGACGAUGAAAUAAACCGCAGGCUCAAUGAGCUCGAGUCAGACGGGUCCUACGUCCAGCCGACCUUUCAGACACGGACAGGUGAAAUGGUCACAGUGUCCUUACAGGGAGUGCGAUCAAAAAUACAGAAGGUGCCAAACGAUUCUGCUGAAUUAGCUGCCAUGUACGCUGCUCCGGAGACUCUUGCCGCCAUUUCUGCGACCUUUACACGGGACUUCAAAAAAUGUGCGUUCAGCCGACCAACCAAACCGCUUUCGUCAUCGAAUACACUUAGUACCGCAUUCACGACAUUUGCCGGGGUGCAUAAACACACUCCCCAGAUAAAUGCUUCAACACUUAAACCCCAGAAAGGUCUCAAUUCUGGAUCAUUCAUUUCCCCGCACACUGUAGGGACCUCGAUACCAGGGGGUCAUCGGGGAUAUAUAUCUGGUCAAAAGGAGCAUGAACAUCAAACUCAUUCUCAGACCCUUGACCAUAACAAGCCACCUUCGUACUUCUCCAAAGGGUCUGCUGUAAUCCACAAACCGCCUGCAAACCCUGUGUUGCCUCACCUUGUUGCUGCUGCUACCGUCAGCCUCCCUUCUUCAUCUGCGGUGCCAGGUUCGAGGAACAAUACGCAGGUCGAACCCUUCUAUUAUCAUAAUCGACGGCUUGGCGAGUCUAGCUUAAAACCAGGGCCUUGCUUCUCAUUGAAACAAGCUAUUGUGCAUGGGAGCAAUGAAGAUCUCUCAGAUCCUGAUUAUGACAUGGAAAUAUUUUGCUCUACACCCGAUGUCCCCAAAUCAUCCAAUGCUCCUCCACCACCAAGACACUCAUCUACUCCAAAUGCUACUGCUAAAAAUGACGUACCUGUCAUUCCCAAGUACCAGACGGGUAUAUCGGUGACUGAACACAGACCCGCGGCGGCAAACAUCGUGUUAGCUCAGCCGAAGAAAGGACCUCCUAUGCCAUCGUCAAUCCCUAGUGUCGUAACUGAAAUACCAUCUUUGAACAAAGGUGUUCCUCGAACAGAACCUUCGCAGUCUUCGCACAUUGUCAAUCCUAUUCUUCAACCCACCGGGGUGAAGCGACGUUUGGGAAUGGGACGAAGCACGACUGGGUACUCGAACAAGAAGUUCAAGAAACCACUUUGA